UGUUGGUGACAGUGUUGGUGGAAUUGUUGGUGGAUCUACAAGUGCUAGCCAGACACUUGCUGGUGACAGUGUUGGUGGAAUUGUUGGUGGAUCUACAAGUGCUAGCCAGACAUUUGCUGGUGACAGUGUUGGUGGAACCGUUGGUGGAUCUACAAGUGCUAGCCAGACACUUGCUGGUGACAGUGUUGUUGGAACUGUUGGUGGAUCUACAGGUGCUAGUCAGACACUUGCUGGUGACAGUGUUGUUGGAACUGUUGGUGGAUCUACAGGUGCUAGUCAGACACUUGCUGGUGACAGUGCUGGUGGAACUGUUGGUGGAUCUACAAGUGCUAGCCAGACACUUGCUGGUGGCAGGGCUGGUGGACUGUUGGAGCCGCUGCUGCCUACCAGUGGUAGACGGAAAGUUGGUGAUGGUCAUGUGGAGUGUGUUGGUAGUUUUGGUGUGGGUAGUUCCCUGGCAAGAGGUGUUCCCCACCGCCCAGUCACAGCAGGAGCCCCUCACCACACCUUCCCAGCAAAUAUUCUCCACCAGCCCUCCCCAGCAGGAGCUCCCCAUUACUCUUCCUCAGCAGCAAGAGCAGGACGCUUCCCUCCAGGGAAAUUUUAAUUACAACCAAACAAUUCUUCUACAGAUGCUUGAUGACUUUAAGAACUUAACUCAAGGAGCCGCUGAGACCAGGAGCUACAUCAACGAGGUCACCUCCUGCUGUAGCGGCCACCUACAAUACCGGCAACAUAUCCUGCAAGAAGUGGGAAAGGUGUCAGCGGGUGUAGAGACCUUGACCCAGCAGCUGACGACACACCUGCAACAGCAGCAGCAGCAACAACAACCAGGCGCACUGACCGUAAACACCGACAUGGAAACCCUCUUGCAGAAGGUCACUCUUCGGGAAGACCAGAUCUCCCAGCUUGAAGCAGCGACUAAUCUCUCCAGGGCAGAGACUCUGUUAUUGGAGGAGGAAAUUGCUCAGAUUCAAGCAGAGAUGCAUGAAAUUAAGAACAAGGUCAACGAGGCUGAUCAGCAUGUCAGAGAUAUGAUGGAGGAGGUCAGUCAGGUGGAAAGAGAGACACAACAGGUGAAGGUGAAGAUCCAGGAGAUAGAGAGCAAUAACCAGCAGGCUAGAGAACAGAUCUUGAGACUGAAGGAAGACACGAACCUCUUGAAGGACAAAAACCGGCAUCUGGAAUAUGAAAAGACAUCGAUAGAAGAAAGAAAUAGAGAGAUAGAUAAUGAAAAUAAACAGUUGGAAGUAAGUGGCAGGUACCUAAAGGAGGAAACUGACCAAAUAGAACAGAGAAAGUUAGAGGUUGAAGAAGAGAAGACUGACCUUGAACAAAGGAAGAUUCAACUUGAGGAGCAGAGGAAGCAAAUGGAGGAGAAGAAUAAACAUGAAGAAGAAAAGAAUGCAAAUCUAGAAGAGAUAGUAAGAGAGCUGGAGAUCGAGAAAAGAACCCUGGAAGAGAAGAAAGAAGAAAGCGAAAGAAGGAAGCAGGAGGCCGAGAAUACGAGGGAGCAGCUGGAGUCGGAAGUUGCUAUGCUGGCGUCGAAGGCAGACGAUCUCACUGCCUUGCAAGUCGACAUGGUCAACGACUUAUGUUGAAGCAUAUUAUGGAUUAUAUAGGGAUACAUUCACCUGUUCAUAAAGGCGUACAUAUUUGUAUCAAAAGUCCCACCCAUCAAUUUACAAAUAUAUUUCCAAACACAAGUUCAAACAAAUCAUACAAACACUCCCAGUAAAACACACACACACACACACACACACACACACACACACACACACACACACACACACACACACACACACACACACACACAUACACACACGUGUGCGUGUGUGAACACAAAUAACUAUAAGAAUAAACUGUAUUACAAAUAUGUAGCCUAAGUUGCAAGAAGGAAAGUGAUGUGAAACGAGCCUAAUUGAAUGAUAUCGAUUGACUAGGGUCAGGCAGGGAAGAGAAGAACAGGUGGAUUCCCAUACUGCUAGAGGUAUUGGAUUCGGCAUCUCCACACGAGACAAAUUUACUACCUGGACAAAAUAACUGGACUGGAGGGCACUACAGUGGAGAGAUGUGACAAGUGGUGUAUGACACCAUAUGGUGUCUUACACCACGUCAUAUCUCUCCAUCUUGUUCUUCACAUAUACAAAAAACUAAAUAUGGAAAUUGAGUCUUUCUUGUCAGUGUUUGCAGAUGAUUCAACAUUGGUAUUCAUAGUGGACAGAAAGUGUAUUUUAAACCGACAUUGUGGAAAGAGAAACAUAUGUACUAUAAUAAAGUUAUAUUAUACUGCAUCUGUCUCUUUAUCCACUGGUGAUAAGAAUGUUGGCGAUAGUAGACCUCACAUCGCGAGGCUACAGGAGUGGUCAGACAAGUUGAAUUAGAUCUCUCGGAGGAAGGUACCUUGAUACUCUUGGCUCAAAAAAUUGGAUCUCUCCUCUCCUUCCUAGGAUCGAACCUCAUUGCUUCCCAUUCCCCAUGCGCUAUUUGACCUGUAGGUUUAGCGCUUCCUUCGUGAACGUAACGAUAAAAGCACUUUGUACAGCCUUAUAUUUACAUUAUUAUUAUUAUAAUCAAGGGGAAGAGCUAAACCCGUAGGAUUAUACAGCGUUAUAUUUACAAACUGCGAGUAGAGGAAAUACGACCACAACAUAUAAAAUACUCAGACAAUUACCCAGUAGACAGGGGAAGGCUGACAUAGGAGACGAAGGGACAGAAGUGGAAACUGGAAACACAAAUGAGGCAGCGUAAUUUAUUUCAGAGUGAAGCUGUGGACAAAUGGACAGGAAUUGCAAUCAAAAGUUGUUUUGACAAAUCUUACUUAAGAAACAAUUAUACCUUAAACAGUAUCAACGUCGGUUUUGUAUCUCUUGUUUUAAAACUUCUUAUAUCUAGACAAUAAUUUUCUUAUACAGGUGAUAGUUACAUUAUUUCUAUCUUCUGAUACAGUUGCCUCCAUGUCCCUCUUUCAUUUUAUAAAGUGAUUUGCUCCUCUUUUUGCACUCUUUCAGUUUUGUCUUUCAUUUUUUUACAGCGGAGUAGCAACAAUUUAUCGUCUCCUAACAUCAGUUUGUUUUCUACGUCUCAAGUGAAGAAUCAGUUUACAUGGACUUGAGAGUUCGCAGUGCCCGUGAUGCUCACCAGACGUAACAUUUUUAGUGUCGUACGCGAAGAUGUUAUAGCGUUGUAAUUGUUUUCUUUGUCUACAUCAUAUAUGAGGAAUACAUACCUAUGGUGGGUUCUGACUUUGUUUUGUUAAUUUGCUUUUGAGGUUCUUCCAAACAAAGCCAGGACUGAUAAACUAGAAUACAAACAGAAAAAAUAAUGCUGCUGCUAUGUGACAUUUUACAAGGUUAGGGAAAGAACUAUUUUUACUCUGUUUAGGAUACUUAAAGCAGAUGGAAUCACAAAUAACUAUAAUGAAAUUUAAGAACAAUCAUCAGAGGAUGAGCGAGAUAUAAACCCUCACGAAGACAACACCAAGAAAGACAAUAAUGAAAGAAAUAUAAUCCAAGUACUGAGGAACAAGGAAACAACAGAGAUGGUAGAGAACUGACACUGUAUAUGGAAUCGGUGAGCUUACAUGAGGUCAGUGGCAGCAAUAUACAUUACAGCAGAAGUCUGAAACACGAAUACAAGGAGAGAAACAGGGUCACAGAGGAAAUAACUUGCCCCACAGCGCAGUGAAGAAGCUACCUAUCAUGGAAGCCUUUCGCUACAAGAAAAUGACAUUCGGAGAACUUGGAAUAGCAUGGAAGACCAAACUUGUAGAGGGCUAAAUUGAUGGAGAUGAUGCUGGAGAACUCCAUGUGGCAGCCUUUCCAGGAUAUGACAGGAAACACAAGAAAAGUAAAUCAGCGAGACUGUACUGGUCAUUAUCUAGUUUCAGGAGUCCCCAACCUGCGGCCCGCGGGCCGCAUGUGGCCCUUCUUGGAAAUGAAUACACAUGAAAUUAUAAAUUCACCUUCAUGCAGGUUACCAUACUGCACAGUGUCAACAAAACCGUGCGGCCCUCAUCACACAUUUGACCAUCAAAUCUGGCCCAUUGGUGUAGGAAGGUUGAGGACCACCGAAUUCUAGACGCAACAUAGAAGAAAUAGAUUGUAAACCCACGUUGGGCACAAGUGACUACUAAUUCUGAGCAUCAGUUAUCUACUAGAAAUGAACACAUGAUGAGGGAAGGAUAAAAAACAAGACUAUGAAGAGUGAACUAUGCAAAUAUAAUAGACUUCCUGAAUGUGAUGCAAGUGGAAGAGAAACUGAAAGGAAAGAGACUGCUAAAAAACCAUCUUAUCUCUCAAUAUUAACCAAAUCAACCAAAACAUCUGUUAAUUAGUUUUAUUAUGUGACCUCUAGGCUUUUAAUUCUGCUAAUUCAUAAAAUACUACCACCUUAACCAUUACUUGUAACAUAGAUUUUGUGUGCAAUUUCAAGAUUAUUUUACGGAACCUUACUCCACCUAACUACCUCACAUUUGUAUUAAGUUUAAAUAAGUUUGUAAAACAGUUAAUCACUACUUCGUGUCUAGUUUUAAGUAUAGUUACUAUAUUCUUAUUAUCUUGUCUAGUUUUAAUUAGUUACUAUGUAUUAGGAUUAUUCUGCCCAAAAUGCCCGGGCAUGAUAGUGGCUAUCUUUGUACUUAGCAAAUCAAAAUUGUAAUUAUUGUAACCUUUACAACGAAAUAAACUCUAUCUUAUCUUAUCUAAGGGGAUGGUGGGGUGCCUUACCCAGAAGUGCUGAGAGGCAGAGAAAAAAAUUCAUAUCCUAGUUAACAAGAAGAAACGGAAAAUAAAACUGAUGG